GGGGGCGGUUCCGGGGGGGCACCGGCGGAAGCGGAAGCGGCGGCGGGCGGGAUGGAGGAGGCGGAGAUGCAGCUGAAGGUGAAGAAAGUGACAGACAAGUUCACGGAGAGUCUGUAUGUGCUGGCCAACGAGCCGUCGGUGGCUCUGUUCCGGCUGCAGGAGCACGUGCGCCGCUCCCUGCCCGAGCUGGCCCAGCACAAGUCAGACAUGCAGAGCUGGGAGGAGCAGAGCCAGGGAGCCAUUUACACCGUGGAAUACGCCUGCAGCGCCAUCAAGAACAUGACUGACAGCAGUGUUUACUUCAAGAGCAUCGACAGCCUCCUCAAACAUUCCAUAGCCAUGAAGGAGCAGCUCAACGCCGCCCAGGGCCGCAGCACCAUCACCCCCCAAUCCAAAAAUCCUCCAAGCACUUCCUGAUUUUUUUCCAUCCUCAAUUUCCCAACCUUGGGAAGAAGCGGAAAAUCCACAGGUAGAGACAAACCCUGGAAUUCCCAGGAAAAAAAAAAAAAGCUGGAAAAUCCCAAAUCCUGCUUUUUGGGACCUCUUUUCCAUGGGAAAACCAAAAAAAAACUGGAUAGUUUUGUGUUUAUCCUAAAAAAAAAAAACCCCAAACUCAUUCUUUGGGAUUUUUCCAUAAAAAAAAAAAAAAGCUGGAAUGUGAGAACACUCCAAGCUUUUGUUGAGGAGGAAUUCUCCAAGGAGAAGCUUUUCCAGAGGGUGCCAAGGAAUUUCUGGAUUUGGUUUUAAUGAGGAUGAGAAUAAAAAGGAGGAAAAAAAAAUCCCCAAAAAAACCUCAACAACAACAAGAAAAAUUCC